AAGAGGCGCUGGCUGCGCACAUGGAGGACGGCGCUUACUCACUUUCGUAGAAGCUACUUCGGGGUGUGUAAUUUGUUGAGUAAUGUGAUAGCUAAAGACAAACAUGUUCACCGUUUGGGGCUGCUUCUUUACGAAGUUACUCGCGCUUAUCCUGUUGUGCUCAUUUCCUGAUGUCGCCUGGUGUGACCCUGCCAACCCGGUGUUUUGCAAUCGGAGCAUCGUCUCUCUGCAAACGGAUUGCUCAUUCAUGCUACAUGAGCCACUUGGAUCAUGCAUCAUACAUCAUACAAACAGUUGCCGCACUUACGACUAUUCUUCCUGGGACCUGAAUGAAGAGCAAGUAGUCACUUCAUUGGAGGACCUGGACUACCACAUUUACCUGUCAACAUAUUAUUAUUCAAAGGAAGUUGCGCUAAAUGUUUCCUUUGAGACCACAUCAAAAGAUGUGCAUGGCUUUGACUUCUCAUUGCUCGAGUACAAGUUUCCUGGCACCGGAGAAAAGUACGAGACUUGCCGCUUGUUUGACUUGAGGAAGUCCAUGCAGCAGUCGGCUAGUGUCUUCUAUGACUGUUAUUUCAAGAUCAGAGGAGAUUAUGACAACAAGUACUUUUUCGUCACAUCGCGGGGAUUACCUACAAAUCGUGUGGCAAGGUUUUUUGUCACUCUGUCGACAUCACCUCUAAACUCUGGAGGAGAGACUGUAUGCAAUUGGGAAAGCACAGUAAUGGUCCUGGAACCAGCAUUGCUGAAGAAGUCUGUGAUCGCUCAGUUUGGCCUCGCUGAUGUCAAGUACAACAUUACCAGAUACAACAUCAGCCUCUGGAGUCGGGAUUCUACGAUUGGCGAUGCUGUGGCUCAGGAGCAGGUUAUUGAGGUCAAGUCUGGCUCCAUGGGAAUGGGCACUGUGUCCUUUACUGGAGUGGCCGCAGGCACAUACUACCUGCGCAUGCAUCCCCAGCACACUCAGUGGGUUGAGCAUUCGUGCAUUUUCACCAUGACAGACAUUUUUACAGUCCCAGAAGAUAAUAGAUUGAAGCUUGCGCUUUCCAUUUCUCUGAGCUGUGUACUGGGCCUUCUUGUUGCCUUAGUAGUGGCAUCACUCAUCUACUUCUACAUUAAAAAGCGAGCUGUGCCAGCACGAAGAUCAGCCACGGUGUUCCUGCUCUACUCGUACGACUCGGCGAUACACUUCGAGGCAGUGCAAGCCCUGUACCAGUUCCUGUCGAAAGUUCCUGGCCUGCGCGUGGUGUUCGAUGUGACUGAUGCCAAUGACAUGGGAGCCCCGCAUCAGUGGCUGCCUACGUGGCUGCAUCGUGCUGAUCACAUCCUCCUUGUCAUAUCAGGAGGUGUCUAUGAAAAGGUUGAGAAGCAUAUGAGGCCGGCACACGAGCAUCACCCAUGGGGUGAUCUUGUCACGCCUGCUAUCUAUGACAUUGUGCGACUCCCUGACCUCCAACAAAAGCUGGUCAAGGUAUUGAUGAGCGGUACCCCCGAGACCAACGUGCCAACAUCCUUGUUCACCCGAGGGGUGACCUUCAAGCUUCCAAAGCACACAAGCCGAAUGCUGCACCAUCUGUUUGGUGAGCACCAGUGCCGCUCAACCCUGCAGUGCAUGGCUCGGCACCCGCUGUGGCCCGACGCCGAUUGUGAGCGGGCUUUCCGUAAGAAGCUGGAGGGGCUUGAACUGCUCAAGAGCAUCUGAGUGUGGCACUGGCCCUACGUAUACUUGGCAAGCAAGCAGAAACAUUGCAGCGAGAUUGCGAGAUGGCCAAGUUUGUUGAACUUAUUCUUUGCCAUGGUGGUGUGUCCAAGCGAGAUCAAGCUCAUAGAGAGCCCUUUGUCUUCUUUUGAAGGCAACGCAUUUAGACUUCUGAUUGUAGUCCAAGCAUUCUGACUACUGAUGCAGUUAAAUUCUGGGGGCCGGGACAUGAUCAAGCUAUCAGAACCCUUCUGCCUCUACUUCUUUUGGGGGUUAAGGCAACACCUUUGGACUCCAAAGUGUACUGUAAUACAUUCUGACUGCGGAUGUGGUCUAAUUUCGUGCAGACAUGUGAACCAACUACCGAACGUUGACUGUCACGUUGUUGUCUAUGACACAGAUGCAUGCCUUAUUCGUGGGCUUUUCUAGAGUCUGUUUAUAUUCGUUUAUUCUUUCUCCUCUCCAGCACUUACUGUACUGCAACCCCCUGCCUUUUUUUUUUUUUGAUAAUUUUUAAUCUUUCCUAUUCACUCAUUCAGGCAGGCUUAGUGCCCCUUUGGCAAUUGUCUGCCAGCUCUUGUCCUUUCUCCUCUCCAUGAUCAUUUAAAUGUGCAAUCGUAAUAAUAACAAUAUUUGUUAAAGGACACUUUUUCUGCUUAACAAAAUUAAGCACAAAGGCUUAAACACAAAAUGUGGGCCUAUGCAACUUUCAGUACUUGCGCAUAAUAGACAGUGAACAGCUACCGGCAUCAUUUAGCUUCGUUCAACUCGUUACUAGUUUACAGUUGCCUCAUGCACUUGUGUGCGGUAUGGCAAAGACUAUGUGUACUGCACUUCUUUUUUUUUUUUUUUCCACCUCCAUUAAAGAAGGCAAGGCACCUUUAGUGAAUCAGAGAAGGGGGUCUCGUAUGAGUUGCGAGGCCCUUGCGAGUCUUGAGGUGAGGUGUGAUGGUUGAGGCAUGGACAAAACAAAGUAAGCAGUUUUGCCCGCAGGGUAAAGCAUCGAAAGCAAUGGCAAGCUUUAGCAUUGCAUUAAGCUUCUCGGGCGCCGUUCUAAGAAUAUGCAAAGGCGACGUGCUGGCGUGACACAGCACGCAAGGCAACUUCUGCUUCACAUCAAAAACAAGGCCCUGGUAGCCACGUCUUGCAAUGCUGACGAGAUGAGGAAUGCUGCCACUGGCCUUUGCAGGCGUCGCAUUAAUGGUGUACGAGAUGAGACAGAAGUAAAGCAGUGAGCAUUUGUAGCUUGAAUUGUCCGCUCAGACCACUGUACGCACCACAGUGUGAUGUGCACACAGCUGCAGGGCAGGAAUAUUCUGAUAUAACGGUGCACAUUGUCUUAGGGCAUUGAAGAAACUGCCGAGGCAUGCAUCUUGACUUGUACCAUAGAUCAGUGCCUUGUAAACAUUUUCUACUUUACAUGAUGUGUAUAAUACUGCGUUAUGACAUGCAAGUUUCUUGGGCAUUGCAAUCAUUGAGGCAUCUCAUCCUGUGCGGUGGCUCAUCGCCUUCUGAAUGCAUAUUUUUUUAACAUUAUUCUUACUUUUCCUAUACCAUAAAGUUGUCUACUUAGCAAGAUGCAGUGUGCAUGGGAAGUUUUUGAUUACUUACUGUAACAACCUAUAUAUGUUUUGUGUUGCAAUAUUGGUACAUAGGUUAAGUAAAAGCUAAGGACCCAUCUGUGUAAACUGAAGUUGUAAUGAUUGUAAAAUUAUCAGUUGCUGGGGAAGCUAAUGGAUUUCUUUCGUCACUGCACAGCCAACCGCAAAAGUUUCUGGAGCAUGGAAUUAAUGAGAACGCUAAAUUUCCUUGUGACUUCUCCACGCAGCUGGGAGUAUAGAUAAGAAAUACGGUAGCCAUACAGAAAAGUAGGCAGUGACCUUUUCGAUUCCAGGGCAGGCACGUUGGCUGCGGCUAGAUUUAAUUUUUGUUGGAUUUCGCUGUUGUUGUUUCACGACAAACUUGGGCUGUCCAGAGAGCCCAAGAUGCGGCGGUUAGGCUCGGCCUACCCAUCCCCACGUGGGAGCGGCCCGCAGCUCUGCCCUAGAGCAGGGCUUCUCAGGACCUAGUGAAUAAAGUUCUUUGUCUGUCUGUCUGUCUGGAUUUCGUGCUUUGAAAGCUAUUACUGCUAGGCGUACUUCACAGUACAGCACUGUUUAGGUAAUAAAUAUACAGUGUUCCUUUUUUUUUUCCUUCUUUGGCAUUGUAUAUUUGACAUAUUGUAUCUUUCAUUGUAUCUUCGUUCCUGUUGCAAAUGAAUUCAUGCUGCACUUUACAUAGUGAUAAGAAAUCUCCUGGCAGUUUUGCAUAUUGCAAGGUUGAAUGACUGCGUGUGUUACUUGUUGUUGACUGCUGUUAUGAACCAGACUGAAUGUUGUGUAAAUUAUUACACCAUUUUUGCAUGACUUUUUCAGCUAAACUUAUGGCUUGUUAACACUCAAAUUUCGUACAGAGACAGCAUUUCAAGGCCAAUGCAGUAUAAUAAUAGCAGUACCUCGUUUGGGUGCAUUAGUUGCCCGUUUUGUCCAGAAUUAAUCAGAAGUAUGCAGUUGCAUGCGAUGACAUUAGAUGCAGAAAAAUGUUGACUUUGCAAGAACUAAACAGUAGCACUGUUUCUCACUGUAACAUCAAAACAUGGUGCACUCUGGGUUCUGCCCUAACGAUGGUGUGACACAACUGUUACCACGUAGCAAUGUCACAAUCCUUUUUGUCCGCCAUCACUUCAAACAGUGUAUUUCUGAUUUAUUCUAUGAAAGACUGGCCAAUAAUGGACCUGAGCAUGGUAUGAAAACUACCUGAGCAUUGCAGAGUUCCAGUUCUGUGGAAAAUUUGGGCUGAACAAGCCAGCGGUUUAGCAAAGGGAACCACAGAUAUGUUACAGUCACGCUUACACUACAUUUCGUGUAUGUGUAUUUAAUUUCGAGGUUUUCCCCUUCACCCAGUGUCAGGAACCCCAGUCCCACUAGUGUACUACGAGCAGAUGAUUGUGCAUUGAGUUCUUUGCAUGCAUUCUGUAUACUGCCACGCUUCAGGUGAAUCGACAAGCCCGGUGAACAUUUGUACAUUGAAUGCCUUAUUUUUCUAUGCUCAAUGUCUCACAACAUCUUCAGUCAUUUCAUGCCUCUGAUGUGACUCUGCAAUGACUGUAUAAGACAGCAGUGACACCAUAGUAUGAAAGUAAGAGGUAUCUAGUAGCAAGAAGCAGCAGGGCCUAACUACAGUACAGACCACUUAUAACGUAACCGCUUAUAGUGCAGGACCGGAUAUAGUGCUGUCUUUUCAGACUCCCGUUAAUUUUCCCAUAGCACUCCUUGUAUACACGUAUCGCUUAUAGUGCAGUUGCGGGAAACGAAAUACAGGUUACAGUGCGGCUGCCUGGGAGUACGGAAGUCAGCGGAGACGGCGAACGCUCCCCUCAAACGGGCGCCCCAAGGAGUGCUCGAGGAAGAAAGAGAGACGAAGUGGAGGAGAAGGGCACGUGGUGUGAACGAACAGCCAGUGAGGCUGAAACCAGAAUCUUGAGUGCGAGUCGUGAAAUAUCACAGUGCGCAUAGCGAGCGAGGGCCACGAAACUGCUAACACCGGCCAACGCUCGCUUCACGAUAACUGCAGUAAACGAAACUUCAAGGAGCGGGCGGCGCCGGCACGGCACGGCGAAGGGCGCACGCGGAGACCGUGGAUUGUGAGGGAGGAGGGCGGCGGGGAAGCGGAUUUCGCCUCGGCAACUCCGCCGCUUCGGUGGCUCCCCUCGCCCUCCCUCGUAGCUCCCUCACUUGCACCGUGCACGCCCGCCGCCGUGCAGGUGGUGGUGGUGAAAAACAUUUAUUUGCUGUAUUUACAAGUGAGAGAUAGGGACGGCCUUCAGGGCCGACCCUUUACAAACUGUAGGAGGAGUCUCUAGUCCGGGACCCCUGUUGCUUCUGCAGCGGCGCGUGCCCAGGCCACGAGGGCUCUCUGGCCCCCCAAGGUCGAGCAGCCGAGGAGGGCAGCCUCCCAGCUCUCUCGGGUAGGGGGGGAAGGGGAGGGGAUUGGCGGGACCGCCGGGUUUGAGGUACAUGCCCACACCAUGUGCAAAGGAUCCGCGAACGGAUGAUCACAGUGCAGGCAUUCCCCGGAGAAGGCAGGAUUGAAAUGCUUAAGUAUCGCCGGGCACUAGAAAGUAGAGGAAGCAUAAAGGAGAAAGAAGGGUUCACUGCCAUUUUCUACACAUGGCUACGGUAGCGUGGCUGAGACGUCGGCACGUACACGCAUUUUCCGGCGCAACGCAGAAUUGGCAAACUUGCCAUUUGAGAGAGGGUGAAAUUUCCGCCGCGUUCUUUUUCCUUUCUUUUUUUUUUUUUUUGUUUUGUUUUGUUCGCGCGCGAGAUUGAGGGGUCUCUCUUAAACUUUUACUCUAUGUCGGUGCCGGAGCAAUGCCGGUCGGAGGCGCCGCCACGUGAAUUAUUUCGAAUUAACAAGAUUCCAUUGUAAAUUGAAUGCAAACGUUCUAACCGCAUUCCUCGACUGUCGCACACGCGUGGCGGCUCGGUGCACAUGUUUUGCAUAACUGCGGGCCUUGAAAAUUGUUGCUUUGGUUAUAGUGUGGUACCAGCUUAUAACGCGGAUAUUCCCAACUCCGGCGGCUUACGUUAUAAGCGAUCUACACUGUAGUAUCCCACUUGCUCGAAAUAAAAUUGCUGUAGUUGCCAUCUUUUACAUCUUGUUGCCUUCCAUCUUGUGCUCUAGUCUACUGUUGUUAAUUUUUAAACCAAUGUUCCCACUCCACUCGGAGCAGGGGAGUGAGGGUAUUGAAAUAAAUAAAUAAUAAAUAAAUCUUAUUAUUAUUGGUACCAGAGUGCUCUAAAACAAGGAAGAUGGAAACACCAUUUGUGUUGAAAAACUAUAAUUACUGUGUUCCAACUGCCUUGCAUCUGUUUAGUUUUCAUCACUGUUACCACUACAUACUUCAUUAUCAUUAUUCACGUUGUAAAUAAUAAGUAUUUUCCAAAAAAAAUUGUUCAAAUGUUCGUGCCUUAUGAAUUUCGCUCGCUUGUACAUGUAGGCAAUGCAGUAUUUUUGUAAUUAUUGUCUGUUAUGUUUUCAAUAAAGUUGGCUGUUUAGUUGUCAUUAUGAAUUAAUGAUUUUUUUUGUGAUAGGCUUUGCAAUUUUGUUGCAUAACAAUUGUAUUAUUCUUGCACACAUGUGCUCGCCUUGGAGGUGUGUGCAGACUGCUUUCCAGUCAGUGUCAGGCUAGUUGGUUGAUCAGAUAAUCUUACAAACAGUUGAUUAAAGUUUUUCAAGUUAAUUUUCUCCUUUUACGAGGUGAUUGGGUUAAAGUAUCAAGAGUAGUUUGAGCUCACAAUUUGUUCCUUAACUUCUACUGCAGCUUGUCUGAAUAUAAUCUUCAAGUUUCAGUAAGCACUGUCUACAGCAGCAGGAUAUCAAGUAUAUUUUGCUUUGUUCCCUUGUAAUACACCCAGAGACUGCAAUCUGCAAACCUCAACUUGCGUAAGCUGUAGCCCUUGAAAACUGCAGGCUAGAAGCACUUUUACUUGCAAUAGUGAGUUAUAUAUUUAGCACUGAUUUGCAAAGCCUCGUCUGAAGCCUGAUGUUAAUUAUGUGUGCCUCUGAGAUAUCUAGUCAUGCAAAAAUUUUAUUUGCGAUAGCAAGUUAUGCUUAGUGUUUAUACUGUUUUGUGUCAUUAAUGAAGCGUUUUGUGUCAUGUAUGUCUAGUCGCACAAGAAAAAAAAUAUUAAGAGGUGGGAAAAAAUGCAAAGGUGUGCAUGCAAAUCCUCAAGGCAGCAGCUAUCAUUAGGUGAGUGCAUGCUAGAGAUGGUGCCAGAACGCCACACUGCAGCAGCAGAUGCUGCGGUGUAUAGAGCAUAGAGCAAAUUUCCCAAUGUACAGUCAUAGACAAUUGAAAUAUGAACAAGCUAGGGGCUAGCUAGAGUGCGUUCUUUUGUUUUUGCUUUGUUUUUAUUUUGGCAAUAUGCGUAAUACAUGAUACGAUUUCUACGCCUAUUGUGGGGCUUAUACCAUCUUUGGCAACCGUAUAAGUAGCAGUGUAAAAUUGCGCUCUCGAGUUAGUACUUGCAAAAGAUGUUCUACUUUUUAAUUUCUUUUGAUUUCAUUUGUCCAUGACUGUACACCUGGAGUGGCGAUUGAUGAAAAAAUGUACGUACAUCAGUGGUGCCAUAUACAAGGGAGACCUAAACUUGCCAUGGCAAGUCCUUUCACUUGCAAUUUUCUACAGAAAGCCUUUACUUUUUAUAAGAACCAUGUUCUUCACAAUAUUGAUUUCGUGGCUAUAUGACUGUCUAAUGUGAAAUUUCCAGUGCUGUCCUUUCUUUUAUGGCAUGUGUGUAAGUUAACGACCAAUUAAAUAAACUGAUUGAAGGCCAGCAGACAUUGAAUUUAAACAUUUUU